AGAAACGUGAUUCUCCACACUCGAUCCGGACGCGAGCAGUCCGAGGGGCUGGGAUUCAGGAGAGGCAGAAUAAACGCGCCUUUCACGCCCGGCAUCCCCGACAGUCCUCGUGGCUCCCGCGCUCACAACCUUGGUCGCUUCUUGCCCUGCUUGCAGAAGGCAAGACAUGCCGAAAUAAAGAGAAACUUGUUCUGCUGGCAGGAAAGGUCAUUUCUUCCGGCCAGGCAUUUGGGAAGGAGACAGGAAGCAUAUUAUUUUAAAGGUGGGUCUCCCGCCGCCGCCGCCGCCAUGCCGCCGCCGUGCCCCCGCGGGGCCCUGCCCGGAGCCGCCUUCCUCCUCCUCCUCCUCCUCCUCCCGCUGCUCUGCGCGGCCCCCGAUAUUUCAAGGGGAAAUAAGCUGAAACUGAUGCUUCAGAAGCGAGAAGCCCCUGUUGCCACGGAGCCUGAGGUGUUGGUGAAAGAAGCGGUGGCCAAGGAGUUCCUAAGCAGCCUGAGACGCCAGAGGCGGCAGCUGUGGGACCGGAGCCAGCCCGACGUGCAGCAGUGGUACCAGCAGUUCCUGUACCUGGGGUUCGACGAGGCGAAAUUUGAAGAUGACAUCUCCUACUGGACAAGCUUAGGGCGGGCUCGUAAUGAAUACUACGGUGGACACUACCAACACCACUACGAUGAAGAUUCACCAAUUGGCCCGCGAAAUCCGCACACCUUCAGGCACGGGGCAAGCGUCAACUAUGAUGAUUACUAAUGCCAUUUUCCUACUCGAGCUGGUGCCUCUAGGGCUGCGCUGGGGGCGGCUGAGUCCUCCCUCGGUCAGAAUGACCCUGCUUCCCUCCUAUUCCUGUAAAACGGCAAGAGUAAAGGAACUGCCAGACUUCAAAGAAAGCAACAUGACUUUUUUUUCAAUUAUCGUUACUUAGUAGUACGUUAUAUAUGAAGCGUUAUAGAAAUAAAGCUUUUUUGAUA